CACUGCACUCUGACAUCUCAUUUAGAUAGAAUGCAAACCUUUGGACAUUUGCUCCCUUUGUGUUGGAUCAGGGCUCGGUAAAUGAUGAGCGGUAAUUUAGAGUCAUUAACGCCCAGACGAAGACCGUGUUCAGACAGACUUUAAGGUCUGAAGGAAACAUUUUUCUGAAUGAGGCCAGUGCCAAGAUGGCAAAAAACUGCUGGGUCACCUGGCUUCAACAAAGUUGAACCUCUGUACACUUUUACUACACGUACUUCUGCAAUGUUUUCUCAUGAACAGGUAUAAAAUGUGUUCUAAAAACUGCUGUUUUAAACAUUGCAAUUGCUGCUCUAAACAUGUUGUUAAUGCUGUACACGUCAUGUUAAUGUUUGAUUUAGACACCAAAGCCACAAAAACAGGGUUUCUGGACUUAACUUCCAACAACAGGACACAAACAUUAUCAAUCUAAGUGGCUUUCUAAGGCAAUCUAAGGUUGCUUUGCCAGCAGAUUAAAACUUUAGUUGAAUCCCUAAAAAUCCCACUGGAUUACCUCAUUGGGAAUCACUUGGAAGUGUUAAUUAGAAAAGGUUGCUUUCUGCAAGGCUGAGUUGUAAAAUCCUGUCAAUAAUCGUUGUCUUUUGGCCUUAAAAUUGAAGGAUUAGUCACUCUUACUUGACUUCCUGGACAGUCUUUCAUGUCUCACCCGUACCUAAUGCAAUGCACCCCCACCAACGCAAACCCCUUGCGUUGUUUUAACGCAGGGCUGAUUUCAGUCCGCUGAUGGGGGCCUUUCACAGGUGCAGGUCAUUCAUAAAACCUCCUUCCUGUGGUUCUCUUUUGUCAGUGGGAACAUUGUGGCUUCUCUCUGUGAUUAUGACUGCGUGUGCUUGCCCUAAGAUCUGUCACUGCACGGACAGGAACGGCGUGGUGGUGCAGUGCACCUCGCGCAACUUGGAGACCAUCCCGUCGAACUUGCCCAAGGACACUGUUGUUCUCUUGCUUUCAUCGAACAGGAUCAGACACAUCCCAAAGGAGACCUUCACAGACCUCCACCGCCUCAGGGAACUGGACUUAUCUCACAAUGCCAUUGAGACCGUGGAGGUCGGCGCCUUUCAAGGAAUUUCCGAGAGCCUCCGGACUUUGGAUCUUUCAAACAACCACCUCAGUAGCCUCCCCAAGGACACCUUCUCCAAGCUCCACGCCCGUAUCCGAUUAUCUGACAACCCCUGGCACUGCGAGUGCUCCCUGCAGGAGGUGCUGAGGGAGCUGAGGCUCGACCCCGAGACGGUGAACGAGGUCAGCUGCUACACGUCGGUGCAGGAGGAGUACGUGGGGCAGCCGGUGAUCCAAGUUCUGGACUCGGGGAUCAACUUUUGUAAUUUUCACCACAAGACGACUGAUGUGGCCAUGUUUGUGGCCAUGUUCUGCUGGUUCUCCAUGGUGACUGCUUACAUCAUUUACUACAUCAAACACAACCAGGAGGACGCCAGGAGGCACAUGGAGUACCUCAAGUCCCUGCCCAGCACUUCUCACAUUAGCAAAGACUACGACACCGCCAGCAGUGUAUUUUAGGAUGUCUGAGAAAAGACGUACCAAUGAAUACAGAUGAAAGCGCACCGGAUUAAAGUGUACCAAUGAAUAUGAUUAUGGCACAUACGGAACAUUGGAACAAGGACAGCUGUGCCAUGACAAAACUCUGCUCUGUGACAUGAACUGCACAAGGCACAAAGAAAUUGGGAAGAGAUUUCAAAUCACCAUCAUCACAUACAGGCUUAAGUUUUUAAAGGCAUACUAUGCAGGAAUUGUCGCUUUCU